UUUUAGUUUAGGAAUUUAUUUUUAUUUAUUUUAUCGGACUAUUUGUGUGAAAAGUUAAAAACUGUUUCAUGAAAAUGGUUUUUCAUUGAACACUGGCUGACAGUAAAUUCUGAUUAGAAUUGGUCUUUCUUCAUCAUGCCGCAUACAGGCCAAGCGGGCGUGAACCAACUCGGCGGCGUGUUCGUCAACGGGCGCCCGCUCCCAGACGUGGUGCGCAAGCGCAUCGUAGAACUAGCCAUCAUGGGCGUCCGCCCCUGUGACAUCAGCCGGCAGCUACUGGUAUCCCACGGCUGCGUCUCCAAGAUCCUCACCAGGUUUUACGAGACGGGGUCUAUACGGCCCGGCUCCAUUGGCGGCAGUAAAACUAAGCAAGUGGCGACCCCCACGGUAGUGAAGAAGAUACUGCGACUGAAGCAAGAGAACCCUGGCAUGUUCGCGUGGGAGAUCAGAGAGAGACUGCUCAGUGCAAGAGUGUGUGAGCCUCACUCCAUACCCUCAGUGUCGUCUGUCAACAGAAUACUGAGGAACAGUGGCUUGGCUUGGAGCGACGAUGAGCCGCCUAGAGGACAUGAACCGUAUCCUCAACCGGAGCUGCCGCCGAACGUGAUGGACUACAUGUCACUGAAGACAUCGCUUCCCCCCACUCCGCCCAACCCCCCCUACUUCGCGCACUCCGCUGUCCGCGUCCCACCCCCCAACGAGCCUCCCCUCUACGACCGACGACUCGCCACCUCCUGGCUCCUCACCAACCAGAUGCAAGCGCAAGGACUCCUCAAACCGUACCCUAUCUCCCCCUGGCAGAGAAUCAUGAUGCCAUACGACUCGAAGAACUUCCCACCCUACGCCCUCUCUUUACAUAACGACCUCUUGAACAGAAUAAACACGGAUGAAGUGAAAUCGGAAAAUUCUGAACACAUCUCCGUCGAAGCAAGCGACGACAGUACCGAUAGACCCGACACUGAUGAGAACGAAAGAAAAACGCCACACGAAAAAGAAAAGAAGAAGAACCCAUAUUCAAUAGAGGAAUUGUUAAAGAAACCAGACAAAAUCGUAAACUCAACCCCGAUCGGAUUUCAAAACUUCCUUCGCCAACCGAGUGGCAGUAUGGUCGAAUACCAGACCCAAGAGAAAAACUUAAGCAAUAGAAGUUCACCGGCCAGUUACUGUUCGGUGCAGAGCGGCGUUUCAAAUUCGAACGAUUGCUUCACAGAAUCGGCCAGUGCGGAAAUAAAGGCGGGAAAUUGAUCCCACUAUUUCUAGUCCAAGGAAACUACGUACUGGCAAGAUAUUUUAAUUCCUAUUUUACCGCGUUAACAAUAAAAAAUAAACAAGCGGUGAAGUAAUUAGAUUAAAUUUCAAAUACCUACUUAUACACGUUUACCGUUUGUUUGCUUUUUUUUAAAGGCGGUUAAGUACAUAAUUUUCCUCGCCGCCAUAUAGAAAGUCUUUAAAAUAAAUUUUGUAAAUAUGUUAUGUACUUAUUUUUCCCACUCAUCGCCAUAUUGUAAUGUCUCUAAAUAAAAUACUUAGGUACUUACUGUUAAAAUUAAGUGUUCAUAGUAACCAUUAUUCUAUUCUAAUUUUAAAUUAUUUUGUAUAUUGUUAAAAUAACUUUAUCUAGGCAAUAAGUGUACAUAAAUUAGUUCUGUAUUUAACUGUGUAACGUAAUUCUGUGAUACGAUAGAAAUUAGAUUAGUAGAUACUUUAUGAACAAAACAUUCCUUCUUCAAAUAACUUUUAUUAUUUUAGUACGUAGUAGGAUUACCUAAUAUUAUUUACAUAGCUUGUAAGUAUUAUUUAAUAUUCUUUCAUCGUUAUUCUUGGUAAUUGUAAAGUCGUAGAUUUCCAACUUAAAUGUAUUCAUUGUAUGUUGUAGAAGCGCAAUAGUUGUUUAUU